CACCCUACUGUGCAGUGGAAUUCUGAGCAUCCGUCUGCGCCGAGCUCAUGUCCGCCCCUCUGCCGGACUCAGCGCUGCCCCUUUUUCUGUAAUCAUACCAGCACAGGACACAGGACUGAGGGGAGCACAGGAGCCAUGGCCGUGUUCUCAGCGCUUCAUCUGCUCUUUCUGUUCCAGCUACUGACAGCGUCUCUCGCGCAGAUAAGGCCGGGUCCUCGGGGUGCACCUGGAGCGCCAGGGCCGCUGGGACCCCCAGGGAAAGAUGGCAUCGACGGUAAACCUGGCCCGGCCGGACUUCCUGGAAAGCCUGGGCCGAAAGGUAAAGCAGGUAAAUCUGGGGCCGCAGGAAGCCCGGGACUGCCUGGACUCCCUGGUGUGGAUGGUUUAACUGGUCCGGACGGUCCAGCUGGCAAGGAUGGACCAUCAGGAGCAGCAGGUGACCCAGGACCCCCCGGACCGGAUGGACCCCCUGGCAGAGGCAGACCAGGAGCUCUGGGUCUUGCUGGAGCUAAUGGACUUCCAGGUGGACCAGGACCUAAGGGUCCGCCGGGGCCCGAGGGUCUUCCAGGACUCCCUGGUCUUCCAGGCCCGGAUGGACCUCCUGGACUUCCAGGAACUCUUCCUGAAGGCAGUGGUGAUCUGCUGUGUCCGGCCAUCUGUCCUCCGGGUCCUCCUGGACCGCCGGGAAUGCCUGGAUUCAAGGGUCACACAGGUCACAAAGGGAGUAAGGGAGAGGUGGGGAAAGAUGGAGAGAAGGGUGAUCAGGGCCCGCCGGGGCCGUCGGGGAUGCCAGGGACAGUGGGUUUACAGGGCUCUCGAGGGCUGAGAGGACUCCAGGGGCCAGUGGGAGCAGUAGGAGACAGAGGAUUGCCUGGCUUCAGAGGAAAACCUGGAAUCGCUGGCAUCAUUGGAAAAACUGGUGAUGUUGGUGAGAGAGGACCUCAAGGUUUCAGAGGACCCAAAGGAGAGAUAGGGAAAAUAGGCCCCAAGGGACUCCCUGGAGGCGUAGGACCUAAAGGAGAACCGGGCAUCCCGGGCAGGGACGGGAAGGAUGGCACCCAAGGGCUGGAUGGUGAAAAGGGAGAUGCUGGGAGACCUGGAGUAGCUGGUGAGAAAGGACCAAACGGCCUGCCUGGUUUGCCAGGAAAAGCUGGUGCCAAAGGUGCCAAAGGAGGAGUUGGCAGUCCAGGAGAGAUGGGAGAAGCAGGGCCGUCUGGAGAGCCAGGUAUACCUGGUGAGAUUGGCAUCCCUGGAGAGAGAGGAGAGGCUGGACCCAGAGGUGUGGCUGGUGGUGUUGGACUAGUUGGAAACCCUGGAGCGCAAGGUGUUAAAGGAUUCCAGGGUGUUAAAGGAGCUUUAGGUGAUCCAGGUCUGCCUGGUCCUACUGGAAUCAGAGGAGGCUUUGGUGAGCGGGGUCCAGUUGGAGCUGGAGGUCCUAAAGGAGACAUGGGAGUUGCUGGAAGUGAUGGUUUACCGGGAGAGAACGGGGAGCCCGGUCCUUAUGGUCCUGUUGGACAGAAAGGAGAGUCCGGUAAGCGUGGUGAGCUUGGAGCCAAAGGAGUUGUAGGACCACAGGGAGAGACCGGAGCCAGGGGGGCACCUGGAAAACCAGGACCGAUGGGAUUCCAAGGAGAGCAAGGUUUUCCAGGGGUUGCUGGAAAGACUGGUGUUCCUGGCAAACUGGCUAAUGAGCAGCACAUCAGAGAACUGUGUGGCUCCAUGAUUGAUGAUCAGAUAGCUCAGCUCGCUGCUAACCUGAGAAGACCUCUGGCUCCUGGUGCUGUGGGACGGCCUGGACCACCGGGGCCUCCAGGAAAGCAAGGGGAAGUUGGAUCCAUUGGUCACCCUGGAUCCCUCGGCCCACCAGGUUAUAGAGGACUGCCAGGAGAUCUCGGUGAUCCUGGUCCUCGAGGAGAUGUUGGUGAGCCAGGUGAUAAGGGGCCUGUUGGUAAAGCGAUCGAAGGGCCCACUGGAGACCAGGGUGACCCGGGUCUGCCCGGCGUGCAUGGCAUCGUCAAAGACGGCCGUGACGGAGCACCUGGAGAUCCAGGAGAAGCAGGAGAAGCAGGACGAGCCGGCAGACCGGGACACCAGGGAUCACCUGGAAUCUGUGACACAUCAGCGUGCCAAGGAGCAGUGGUUCACGGGAAGUCCUCCAACCCUAAGAACCAUUAACAGGAGAGACAACAGAAUUCCCUUUCAGGAAUGCUUCAGGAGGAGAAACACAACUUAAGAGGUGUCAGUGGAUGUCAGUCCAGUGUAUUCAGAGCUGCACGAACAUUGAUUAUCAGAGAGGAACGAUCACGAGUUCAUCUGUGUAACUCAAAAGGCCUGAAGUAUCAACAUGUGUAGAUACAACAAAAGACUAAAUACAUCACACCGUGAAACUAGUUGAUGCAAAAGAGAAUUUAGUCUUUGUGUUAGAAGUCUUCUUGUACAUACAGGAGCCUUUAAAAGUGUAAUGGAGAACAACUUUGAGCUUCAUGAGGGGUUUUACAGCACCUCAAAUCCUGACCUCGAAACUGGAGGCUUGUUUGAGCCAUCAAGAAAUGAAACCAACAUAUUGGAUAUAUUUCUGCAAAUUGAUUUUUAUUUUUUUUUCCUUAAAUGUUUAACAUUCAAAGUCAGGAACAAACUUUAAGCAUCAAUUGAGAUGCUUCAAUCACACUUCCUGUAAAAUAUGUCAUUGGCCAUCUGUGGGCUUUAUCAACCUUCUCCACUAGAUAAUGGUGCUGUUAAACUAUUAAAUAUGAUUUUAAAUACUAUUUAUUAUUUCUGAGUUACUGUUGUGUGUACAGUGUUUCUACAUCAUGGUAUUGUAAGAAAAACUGAAUAAAGCCACUUUUCAGUAAAUUA